AUGGCCAGCCGCCCUCCGACCGACUGGGGACUGGAGUUCUAUCAUCAGCAACUACUCAAUCUCAAGACCCAAGCGUGUACCAACUGGCUCCGACCGUCCGUCAUCGCCGCGUGUCUGGCUGUCAUAGGACGAGUUAUCAUCGGCCCGCUCGCCCUGUUCCUUCUCUUCCUUGCCACCGGGUACCUCUCAGACGCCACCGUUCUCAUCAAGCCUAACGACAGCUUCUUCUCGUUCACCGAGAUGGAUUUAUCGAUGGCUGGAGGGUGCACAGGGUGCCUUGGAGCAUGCAAAAUCACUCUGCUCAAGCUCAGUUUGUUCAGUGAUAAGGCGUUCGUCAGUGCCCCGACAUUCGCAGCCCUCGUCAGCCAACCCCCAACGGAAUCGCUCUACGACUUCAGCUCUUUGAACAGUGAUGUUCUAGCUCUCGGAGAGGAAUUGGAUGGUGACGGUACCAUUUGCCACAGCGGCAUCAACGAGUGGGGGUCUACCACGGUCAUGGCCACGAGCACGCCGCAGCAGAUACUGAACAUCGUCUCGACACUCAACAUCGGCGUGUCUCUGCAGACGCAGCGUGAGCUGGAGCUGGCUGUCGAGCGAGAGGACGAGUGCAAGGCGACCUGGACGAUAUUCGGGACUGCGCGGCUCUACUUGUACCCGACUGGCGCUGGCAACGGCGAGUUCGGCAAGAUCCCCGCCGCCACAUUCAGCGUCUUCCCUGAAUUCACCGAGUGCCGGCCAGACGUCGAGGUCGAGUAUACGAAUUCCAAGCUCGCACUAGCCACCGAUGGCGAGGAUCUGCUCGCACAAGUCCCCGAUGUGUUGACGCUGUUUCCCUACGGCUUCACCAGCAGCAUGAGCGAAGUCUCGCGCAUUGUUCCAGCCACUAACACGAAGUAUGGGGCCGCGACUGUUGUGGAGCCUGAACUGCAAGCGUACUACGGAGGCUGCCGCGUUCGAGAAGUCAACACGUCGGGCGUCUACAUCGAAGACACGUGCGAGAUCUCCAAGCACUGGGCGACGUAUGGGUUGAUGGUGCAGUCUCCCGACGACAUUCCUCUCUGCAGCACUAAAGACGUCUGCAUCCACAACUACUUCAACACGCAAUGGGAAGGACUGGUGGAGGUGGACCCUCAAAACCCCAACCGAGUCGCGCUCUACCUCAACACCUUCCGCAGUCGAUACGGUGACACCGUCGGGAUCAACCUCCUCCCUGGUAUUGUGGUCACGCAGAUCCUCCUCAUGGGCGUCGUGAGUCUGUACCAGGUGAUGCCACACAGACGAUCGGUGCUGCUCACCCAGAUCUGGGCUUAUCGAUGCCAGAACGGCCGCAUGCAGAUCGUCUACCUGGCUCAGAUCACCUACCACUUCUACUACAACUCGGACCUGUACAUGCUUGGGCUCGCGACUGGUACUCUCACCGGUGAAUCCAUCGCCAACCUCACGUGCUGCUUCUUCGCCUUCUCGUACUCGUUCGUGAACAUGGUCAAGGCUCGCUCGGGUGACCAGCAGCUCGACAGACACUACCGACUCAUCUGGGAGGCCCUGCAGUUGCCUGUCACGAUUUGUGUCGGCUCGAUUCUGCUGUCCGUACAGCGCACGCCGUUCGUGGCUAUUCUCACGGAUAACGCAGAGAUUCUACGCAAGACUUCAGCUCGUGGUGCCAAGUACUGCGGGUUAAACGACUCUUGCAUUCUCUUCGCGUAUAACAUGCCGUCGGUGGUGGUGAUCCUGUCCUUAACUCUGGGCGUUGCCACUAGUGCAGAUAGCAAGGUCUCAGCGGCUGGAGUGAGUACCACGAAGAAGAGGAAGUAUGAAGUCAACUCGGCCACGCCCGAGGAGCUCACGUCGUUCGAGAAGAACUGUAUUGGCGCUCCAUUCACUAAAUUAUUCCACGACUGCGAAGAUAUCGCGUACGUCUCGUACAAUGUGGCACAGUUGGUCCCAAGCCGGAUGCUGCGCACCUUCAACGUGCUGCUGCUUCGUUGGCAUGUGGACCCGAAAGAGGGCACGCUCACACACGCGCUAUCAUGCACUUGGCACACUGCGAGCUCGGAGAACGACAAGCUGGCGAUGGCGACGCCAAUUGCCUAG